AUGGUUAUUGCUAUGAACGUUACUGGCCAUUUUGUGCCUAAAUGGAAAAAUAUGUGCGAACAGCUAAUGAGAGGCAGUCCUCCAGGUGCGAUAGGCGUUGCACAUCCAUCAGGAUGGAUCCAAAUGCAAAUAUUUACAGAUUGGUUUAAGCAUUUCAUCAAACACACCAACCCGACCCCAGAAUCGAAAGUUUUGUUGAUCUUAGAUGGACAUUAUUCUCACACACGAAACAUCGACUUUAUUGAUAUUGCAAGGGAGAACAAUGUUAAAAUUGUUUCCAUACCUCCACACACAACCCCCAAACUGCAACCUUUGGAUAAAAUUUUUAUGAGACCACUAAAAACCUGUUAUAGCGAAGAAAUACGAAUGUGGAUAAGAAACUAUAACAGGCCACUAAGUCCUUAUGACAUUGUUGAACUAUUUGGCAGAUCUUACUUGAAAGUGCAAACAGUUCCCCUGUUUGCACUUUCAAGCAGCAGCGAUUGUCUUUCGCGUUACAGGCCUUUGACCAUUGAAUAA